AUGAGUGAUCUUCGACCUAUUUCCCUGUGUAAUGUUCUUUUUAAGAUUAUCUCUAAAGUUCUUGCUAACAGGUUGAAAGUGGCUUUGCCUGAUAGGAAAAGGGUGGGGAAGGAAGGAUUUAUGGCUCUUAAACUCGACAUGAGUAAGGCAUAUGAUCGAGUUGGUUGGGAAUUUUUCAGAAGCAAAGUUACAUUGAAUGGGUUUCAUCCGUCAUAUUGUCUCUCUAAUCAUGUAUUGUGUGACAAGUGUUACUUACAAUGUGACUUAUGGGGGGAGAGUUAUGGGGCCUAUUCACCCAGAGGUGCUCCUCGUGUUUCACAUUUGCUAUUUGCUGAUGAUAGCUACGUGUACUGCAAGGCUAAUGAUAAAUAA